AUGGACAAUAACAAUUCCCCACCACCGGUGGUACGGGUCCCAAACGACGUCACACCACCUGCAAAUCAGGAAACCGUCCGCAGAAGACUUAGUAUGAAUGUGUCGUCUACUGAUUCGGGAUACGCAUCGCCAAUUGAACCGUUCAACGAGUUCCAAGAGUUCGACAGAGAGAUUCUCGACGAUCACAGACGCGUGUCAUUCGACGAGGACAACGAACGCCGGCGUCGAGAAGGCGAAUUGGGCAGAAGUGAGAAGCUGGCUAAGACGCAAACCGCCGUCGAAUUUGAUCCCGACGAAUUCAGUUCGGCGCUCGAAGCGCUCGCUGUUAAGUCACCGGAAUACGCGAAGCCCAAUAAAGAGGCUUCGGUGACGAGCGCCGAAGCGAAAGUCCGAGAAGUCAACCGAUUGGAAGCUGUUGAGAAGGCCAAACAGGCAUUGCAAAAUCCAUCGGCAAGAAAAAAAUAUAUAUGA